GAGGCUCUGUGUGCACUUGUUUCGGAGGGUUCAACAGCUACACAAGACCAGGAGGCCAAGGCACGAGUGGAGGUACAGGUGCCACAAAGUCAUGGACUACCAACAGAAGCUCGCUGAAAAACUCUCCAUCCUCAAUGAGAGGGGGAACGGGGUGCUCAUACGCAUGAACUACAUUAAGAAGACCUGUGCAGACCCCAAGACGCGUCCCCCCCUCCUCACAGAGAAAGCCACAGAGCCGGCCAUUAAAUACAUCAACAAGAAAUUCCCCAACAUUGACUUCAGAGGAAACAUCCAAAAUCUGACCAGCAUACAGCGACAGAAAUCAGAAGUGUUGGCCGCCACAUCGAGCUACUACGACUCUUUCUUGGAUGUCAUCGAGUUCAGGGAUCACGUUUAUGAGUUGCUGAACACGAUAGACGCCUGCCAGUGUUUCUUUGAUAUUUUGAUCAACUUUGACUUCACCAAGAACUACUUGGAUCUGAUCACCACCUACACGUCUGUCAUCAUCACGCUCUCUCGCAUCGAUGAUAAGAAGGCGCUGGUGGGCAUGUUUAACUGUGCCCAUGAAAUGACCAAUGGGAGCAGCGACCCCUCCUACCCACGGCUCGGCCAGAUGUUUGUGGAGUACGAGCAUCCAUUGAAGAAGCUCACUGAGGAGUUUGGUCCUCACACUCGGUCUGUGACGGCGGCGUUGCUGUCUCUGAGGAUGGUGUACCCACGCAGGAACCUGCCAGCAGAGCAGUGGCGGAGCGCCCAGCUCCUCAGCUUGCUGAGUGCUCCAGCUGCCAUGCUGGACCCGACCUGCUGCGACACUAUGGCUUGUGAAUACCUGUCGAUGGAGGUGAUGGAGCGCUGGAUCGUUAUUGGCUUCUUGUUGUGUCACACCAGCCUGAAUACAAACCAGGCAUCCCAGGAACUUUGGAAGAUGGCUCUGCGGAGCGGCCUCUUCCUCACCCUCACCAGAGAUGAAGUACUUAACAUACACAAAGUCUCUGAGGAGCUCUUCGACAGCUUCAAAGGAUAUAGCAAGAGAGUUGCAGACAUCAAGGAAUGCCGUGAGCACGUUAUAGUCAACGGAGGAGCUCUGCACCGAGAGCGGAGGCAGUUUCUGAGAGGAGCGCUGAAGGAAUUAUUCAAAGUUCUGGAGGAUGAACCUGGACUUCUGGGACCAAAGGCCCUGUUUGUCUUCAUGGCUCUGUCGUUUUCCCGUGACGAGGUCCUGUGGCUCGUCAGACACUCUGAGAAUAUGCCAAAGAUAAAAACGCCAGAGGAUUACAUUGACAAUCAAAUGGCAGAGCUGCUGUUCUACAUGGAGAAGCUCAGAGGUCUGAUGAAAAACUAUUACCUUGUAGUUCAACGCUACCACGUCCAAUACCUGUCACAGUUUGAUGCCCUGGUUCUCAAUGACACCAUUCAGAACAUGUAUGUUUGUCCAGAAGAAGAAUCAGUCCUGAUGACUUCAUUUGUCUCCACGCUGUCCGCUCUGUCAAUCAAACAGGUGGAAAACAAAGAAGAGUUUGACUUCAGAGGACUUAGACUGGACUGGUUGAGAUUGCAGGCAUACGCAAGUGUGAACAAGGCUCCUCUGCCAUUAAAGGACUACCCUGACUUAGCAAAGGUGAUGAACGUGAUCCAGUUUCACACCAGGAUGGUGGACAGUGUGGAGGAACUUCUGCAAGAGACAUCUGAGAUGUCCAUACUCUGCUUCUACCCUCGAGUCUUCGAGAAGAUGUUCAUCCAGAGCAGCGAGUUGGUGUCCAUGAAGCGUUACCUCAUGGCGUUCCCUAUCGCCUGUUCUCACUUUAGCCUUUGUGGACACCCUCUGUGCCCAGAAGAGAUAGGAGCAAUGGAGAAGAGGAGUCUGCGUCUGUGUGUGACCUUCUUGGAGCAGAUAGCCAAGCUGACCAGCAGUGUUGUGUUGGAGAUUUGUGCUGAGCAGUGCAACCUCAAUGACCAGUUGAUGCCCAAACACUGUGCUGAGAGCAUCAGCGCAGCUCGCCACAGGAAGCAGAAGAAGCCGAUGCCAAAGAAAGGAGAAGUCCAGAAAGAGAAGCCAGGCGCUGAGAGCCUGAGGAAAGAUCGGACCAUCGCCACCAAUAUGGACAAGAUGCACAUGAUGCUGACCGAGCUGUGCUCCACCUACAGCCUCUGCACUGACUUUGUCGUCUUUGACCACAUCGUCGUUCCCACAGAGUUCCUCAUUUCUCAUCUGGAGACACGCCUCUCUGAGAUCAUCGUGAGAAUGGCAAAUUACAACCAGGCCACCCAGGAGAUAGCCCGUCCCUCAGACCUCCUGGCGGGGCUUAGAGCCUACACGGCCAGCCUGCAAAGCCUCUCCAGCUACAUCAACGUGGACGUCACCCGGCUGAUGAGGAAUGUGCUUCUGCAGCAGACGCAGCCCCUGGACCCUAGAGGAGGACAGACCAUCACCACCCUCUACACAAACUGGUUCCUGGAGAGCCUCCUGCGCCAGGCCAGUAACUGCCUCAUCGUUCACUGUCCCACGAUGCACUGCUUCGUCAACCAGACGACUGACAACGACCCGCAUUUUAGAGCGGAGGAGUUUUCUGAUAUAUCAGAGUUAAAAGCCCUGGCAGAGCUGAUUGGUGCAUAUGGAAUGAAGUUUCUGAGUGAUAACCUGAUUUGGCACAUCACCUCUCAAGUCAGCGAACUAAAGAAAAUGGUGAUUGAGAAUAUGGACGUUCUGGUACAGAUGAAGAACAACUUUGAUAAGCCCGAAGAAAUGGCCAACCUGAAGAAGAGGCUGACAGGAGGAGAGAACGUGCUGAAGAGGAUGACAAUCGUCGGGGUUAUCCUGUCCUUCAGAGCAAUGGCUCAGGACGGUCUCAAAGAUAUCCUGCAUAAGCAUUGCCCAUACAUGAUUGGGCCCAUCGAGUACCUGAAGGACUUCAUCACCCCUGAAGUCGACAUCAAGGUGACUCUGAGCAUUUUUGAGCUUGCUUCUGCUGCAGGGCUAAGAUGUGAUAUCGAUCCUGCCCUCGUCACAGCUAUUGGCAGUAUGCAGACAGAUAACACGUCAAUUGACGAGGAGUACAAGCUGUCCUGUUUGCUGCUCGUCUACAUCGCCGUGUCCCUGCCUACCCUGACCCUGGACCCCAACUCCUUCUACAGCCGGGAGCAUGGAGGCCACAACAACAACAUCCACUGUUUAGCUAAAGCUAUCAACCAGCUGGCUGCUGCCAUGUUCACAUUUCAGAACAAGAACAUAGAGCAGCACCUCAAGGAGUUUCUCCUGAUGGCCUCCUCCACUCUGCUUCAGCUGGGACAAAAUGUGGAGCGAAUAGAGAGCAAAAACCGAGAGUCGGUUUAUCUGCUCCUACACAUGAUUGUGGAGGAGUCUCCGUUCUUGAGCCAAGACAUGUUGGAGAGCUGCUUCCCGUAUGUUCUCCUCAGAAACGCCUACAGAGAGGUGUACAGAGCCUUCAUCGUCACUCUGGGCUGAGGACUUGAACUCUUUUAGCUCUAUUUGUCCAUUUUAAAGUCAAUGAAUGUUUCAUUUUCAUUGUUUUUCAGUCUCAUAAUUAAACAGCUCAUCUCAGUCACACUGGGUUAACCAUGACCUAGAAUAAUAAUCUGAUAAUGCUUCCUGUGUGUUUGCACCGUACAAACACUUGCUUUCAUGGUGCUUAUCUGUUGAUUUGUAGAUUUACAUCGGCCUUUGUUUUACUUAUAUUUCAUUGUCUAUUUCAGAUAAAACACAUCUGUUUCAUGACAUAAAAGAUACAUUUAAAGUACUUUUUGGAAUCAAACUGAAUUUUUAAAGCUUUUAAAUGAAUAAUUGUAGACUGAAAAACUUACAGAAACCUCCCCUGGCAACCUGUUGCUGAUGUAUACAUAUUUUUUUCCACAAGCUUAUUCAAAUAAAGAUGAUCAUUUUGUCGU